GGAGCGGUCAGCCCCGCAACCAGCUGGCCAAAGGAAAUAACAAGGUUAGUAGCUCCUGUGAGGGUCCAGGGUCACGUCUCCCGUCGAGACUCCCCUCUGCAGGGGAGCGGUCAGCCCAGCAACCAGGCUGGCCAAAGGAACUCCACAAGCAAUAUUGAGCCCAGGCUGCUGUGGGAGCGAGUGGAGAAGCUGGUGCCUAGGCCUGGCAGUGGCAGCUCCUCAGGUUCCAGUAAUUCAGGUUCCCAGCCGGGAUCUCAGAGCGGCUCUGGGGAGCGGUUUCGCGUCAGAUCAUCUUCAAAAUCAGAGGGUUCCCCAUCACAAAGACAAGAAAAUGCCUCUAAGAAGCCUGAAGAGAAAAAGGAUGUUUUCAGACCAAGCAGGCCAGCUGGAGAAGUGGACCUCGCUGCUCUGGCCAAGGAGCUGCGUGCAGUUGAAGACCCUCGCCCUCCUCACAAAGUGACAGACUACUCCUCCUCCAGUGAAGAAUCAGGAACCACUGAUGAGGAGGAUGACGACUUGGAGCAAGAGGGAGCAGAUGAGUCCACCUCUGGUCCAGAAGACUCCAGGGCAACAUUGUCUAAGUUGAGUAACGGCGAAACUGAGUCCGUGAAGACGAUGAUUGUUCACGACGAUGUUGAGAGUGAUCCUGCUAUUACUCCCUCCAAGGAUGGCACUUUAAUUGUCCGGGAGAGCGCAGGUGACAAAAAGCGUCCCAGCCAUCCCGAGAGCAAUGGCUUUGCCGGUCGCAUUCACCUCUUGCCAGAUCUGAUUCAGCAAAGCCAUUCCUCCUCCUCCACCUCCUCCCCAUCCUCCAGCCAGCCGACUCCCUCCAUGUCCCCUCAGACUCCCCAGGACAAGCUUACUGCUAACGAGUGGGAUUUUUGCAUAGCACACAGUGCCACCCGAUUGCUGAAUGUUGUAAGUGCAGCAAGAAACUUUAAAGACAAAAAUAAAAUCUUAAACAUAUAUUUUUCUGCUCCCCACUUUCAAUUAGUUAUGUUUGUUUGCUGCAAAUGCCAAGGAUACAUUCUCCCAAAUUGUUUUAUUUUUGUUAUUUUAAAGUAAAGACAAAUCUUUACUAAAGUGAUUACAUUUUCCAAUAUCUGACAUAAUGUUUUAUAAUCAGGGCCUAAGAUAAAUGGUAGUUGGAUCCACACAAGAGCUUCAUCUUUAAUGACAAGGGCCACUUAUCCUGACUCCUCGAAGCACUUGCAGUCAAAUGAGGGUUUCAGCUAAUAUCUGUGCAGCUUUUGCAUGAGCAAAGAACCAUUAGAAUACCCCCAGUUGAGUGCUUUUAUAUGUAUAUUAAAACCAUUCGGUCUUGGUGGUUAGUAGUUUGUUCGACGUUGUGCUUGUUGCUUAGGCAAGUGGAUAUCGGUAAUUACACUCUUACUAUCUCCUUGUCUUUCUUGCAGCAGUUGAAAUUAAGUGACAUUGCUAGUAAAAGAUGUUUAGGGCGUGGUAAUCUUUUCUGUAUACCACAUUUCAGGUAACUUGUAUGCUUAUCUACUGUAGCUUGCAAAUUUCUCUUAUGAAUUGAUUAUUUUGUUUAAUGCCUUUUAAACACACCUCUUUAGCUUAAGGGAGGAAAGCAGUUACUGUAAAUAUUCAUUGUUUCCAUUAAAAAAAUAUUUGAAGGAUCACUAAUAGAAAUGAUAACUGUAGGGCAGUUGUAUCUAUGCCUUGGUGUUAAUUGACAAGGCUUCUUUAAUAUUUCACAGGAGGGUUAUGCACGUGUUUC